AGGCAGAAGUGGCCUCUUUGAAUCGCCGUAUCCAGCUGGUAGAAGAGGAGUUAGACCGAGCCCAGGAGCGCCUCGCCACAGCUCUGCAGAAGCUGGAAGAGGCAGAGAAGGCCGCAGAUGAAAGCGAAAGAGGCAUGAAAGUCAUUGAAAACAGAGCUCUGAAGGAUGAGGAGAAGAUGGAGCUGCAGGAGAUCCAGCUCAAGGAAGCCAAGCACAUUGCGGAGGAGGCAGACAGGAAGUAUGAGGAGGUUGCUCGGAAACUGGUGAUCAUAGAAGGAGAUCUGGAGCGCACUGAAGAGAGAGCCGAGCUUGCAGAGUCUAAAUGUUCCGAGCUGGAAGAAGAGCUGAAGAAUGUCACCAACAAUCUCAAGUCUCUUGAGGCUCAGGCUGAGAAGUACUCUCAAAAAGAGGAUAAAUACGAAGAAGAGAUCAAGAUCCUGACUGAUAAACUCAAAGAGGCGGAGACCCGUGCUGAAUUCGCCGAACGGUCUGUGGCCAAGCUGGAGAAGACCAUUGAUGAUUUGGAAGAUGAGCUUUAUGCCCAGAAACUGAAGUACAAAGCAAUUAGUGAGGAACUGGACCACGCCCUGAAUGACAUGACUUCCAUAUAAACUGAAAUCCACCAAAGAGGAGCAUCUCUGCACGCAAAGAAUGCUGGACCAGACCCUGCUAGACCUGAACGAGAUGUAAUGGAUCCUUGCCACUGCCUCUGCCACACGAUGCCCAGGGGCCAGCCCAGCCGCUGCUGACCUCUAACCCUUGGAGACCAGAGUUUACUUUCUGUUGCCAACUUGACCAAACGCAAAUCUUCUCCUUUGCCUCGGGGUUAAAGGCCAUCAGGUUGGGCAGAGCUUCAGACAGCAUUAUUAAGGGAAAUAAUCAAUGCAAUAAUGUUUGGGGAGCAUGUUUGAGAUGUAUACAUUUUGUAACUACCUUUUUUUUUUUGUAGCGACCAUUGUAAACAUUCCAAAUUAACUCAUGAGGCUGGGGAGCUACACUUCAAAGCUCUUGGCUUUAAAAUUUGGUAUUAACCUUCUGUUAAUCAGCUCCGGGCCACCCUGCUUUGGCAGGGGAGGAAAGAGGGUGUG